UGACUCCGACACAACAUUAUGAAAAAAUUCCAAAAUUUAGUGAUAAUUGUCCUCUUGUGUAGGAAGCGACUACAAGUAUAAUAACCAAAGAACAAGAUACUAUCAAACGGUUUUGAUAUCAUACCAAGUAAUAAAACUAGUCGGUAUGAAUUUCUUCUACAGACUACUAAAAUGAGUGCUUCUACCACUGGGGGAAACUUGAACGGGCGACGCGUGAACAUGAUGGAGGUGCGAGACGACUUGCUGUGCAGAAUUGGACCUCGGCGUUAAGGACGCAGUUAGCGCAUGGCGGGCUUGGGCGAGUACUGAGCGGACGGCGACUGUAAACCAUAACGCAUGGUCAAGACCGUUGCUUCCCACGAAAAGAGCAAAUGACCAGCCUCGCCUAGACCACAACUCCGACUUCUUCCACCACGACCUCUGACAUCAAUAAGCCUUUGAUCCUCUUGGGAGAGGUUCUCAUAUCUUCACGACAUCGUAAAAAGUCUUAAGAGAGACAGUAGAGGAUCAUGGGAAACGCAGUGAACCAGCUUGCUUUUCCAGCGCCCGAUCCGCGCUAUUCUCAGCCUUUUCUGACUCAGAGAAGAGAUGUAGUACGCUUUCAGUCGAAGCCGGGCACUACUGUUAUUGCGGUAGAUAUGGCAAACGAAACGAGAUCCAGAGCGGCCUAUAAUGGGGAACACUUUUACUUAUGACGGGUUCCAAUAAGAGAUCGUUGGAGCGGGGACGUUCCAAAACAGGCUGGUUGCCAGAGCGCUCACAAGUAUGUGAUCUGGAUAUCUUUUUCAAGUACUCGCUUUAGACUACCCGGUCUUGGAACGUGUAGUCAUGGAGAAGCGUUCUAAUCUCCGUGUUGUAUAGUCACGGAAACGCGGAGGAUAUUGGGCUAGCCCUACCCUACCUCGAACAACUAGCGAAAGUGACCGACUGCUCUAUUCUCGCCUACGAAUACGAAGGGUACUCAGUUUCGUAGUUUGUUUUGGGACUAAUACUUAGAUGCGGAUUCGAUUGCGGGUAGAACUCGUCAGGGAAAUAGGUCGGAUCGGAGACAUAUGGCAUGACAUUUGAUGUUGUGGCAUCCUCCACACCGUCUACAGGUAUUCUCUGAGCGAUGGCGAGCCAACGGAAGAAGGCUGUUACCGAAGUAUCAACGCAGCCUACAAGUAUUUAACGAAGGUGAGGGGAAUACCAGGUCAGCGGAUCUUUGUUUUUUUAAGGCGGUUCUCGAUAAUUCAUUUCAUCUCUUAUUUACCAGUGAAAUCUUCUUAGUCCGAGCUUUCCCUUCAGAAAUUUCUGCCGACAAGCCGAAUGAGUGAAGAGCUGUAGCUUGCUCCUGGAGCAAGCUACAGCUCUUCCACAGUAGCGGCUCUAACCUUCGGCCGUUCCAUAGGAAGUGGCCCAAGCACCGAUUUGGUGAGCCGCUGUGAAGUACGCGAGUGCGCAGGCCUAAUAUUGCAGAGUCCAAUAGAAUCUGGUGCUACCACAGUUCUCGGUCAAGGCGGGGCAGCGGUUUUCAGCAUGCUCGACAUCUUCAGAAAUAUCGAUAAAGUCGAUAAAGUUCAAGUACUAAGUCUUCGGGAUGGCCUUUCUACAGCAUUGUCAAAAGCUAGUGCAUUAUAACUAAUGAAUGCAAGAAGUAAUGAAGAUCUACUUGACUACGAAGUUGCAAUUCAAGUAUAGAAUGAUCUUUCUCAGAUAAUGAAGAUCUUGACUACAUCAAAGGUUCAAUUCAAGUAUAGAAUGAUCUUUCUCAGAUUACUUCGAAAUGUUACCAGGUUACCGCGUGUAUCAUACACGGAAUGGCCGACGAAGUUGUGCCAUUCUCAAACGGUCGAAAUUUGCUUAAGAUUAGUACUUUUUCUAAACGUCUUCUUCGUAGUGCAUCAUUUCUUCAUCUUCGGUAUGAUCCAUUUUCUACAACCGCACUUCAUACUUCGCAACCGCAUAAACAUUAAACGUCUACUUGUCUUUUUGCAGGUCUUUCUGGCUCCGGGACUGACCACCUAUUUUCUUCUCCCUUCCCUCCUCCUUUCUGUUUCUCUAUUUAAAUGUAUCUCUUACACAUUCUCACUAACUGCAUAAUCAUUGCAAGGGUACUUCUCUAAUGCAAACGAGAAACUAGCCAAGCGCGGACUUGCAGCAACGCCUCUGUGGGUACCUGGUGCAGGGCACAACAACAUGCCCGAAAAGGAUUGUCUUCUGCACGUCAGGGAUUUUUUAUGAGCGUGAUUGACUCUCCUUCUCAACAUUUACAUUUUACGUAAUACGGUUUCUUAAGCAAGAACCUAGUAAAGGCAUGAUCCAAAAUUCCAGCAUAUGCCAUAUAUCCUAUUCUAUCCUAUAGAGGCAUGACAUGAAAUCAUUAUAGGCUAUGACAUUGAAUCAUUAGGUCAUUAAUUUAUUCGCUUCUGCAUAUUGUAUUCUCCUCUAAGCACCAUCCGGCAACGCGUUGACGCACUUACAAAGACGCAGAGAACCUCCAUGCGGGAAGGGUCGACAAAAAUUACGGCACCUUUUAUUUAUAAUUGCUUGUCCAACUACCCUACUCGCUUCUCGUACUUGCUUCAUGUUCCUUUGUGAGUUUAAGUACUACACAGAACAACGCUAAAAGUAGAAGUAAAACGAGUCUUCUUCACAAGUAGUCG